GCAGGACCGUGGCUGACGAGGCAGGGCUGCGCUCACGCCUUACUUCCCCCUUUUCGCGGCUGUCAGUCAUGGGUUUUUUCUGAUGUAGCCUAAAGAGCAGCUAUGGAAAAAUGGAGCUUAAUGGCAGUUGCAACCUUAUUGGGACUUACUGUCCGUUGGGCUGUGUCACUUGGUUCUUAUUCAGGUGCAGGAAAAUCACCGUUAUAUGGUGACUAUGAAGCUCAAAGGCACUGGCAAGAAGUUACCUACAAUCUUCCAGUCAAGCACUGGUACUUCAACACCAGUGACAAUAAUUUACAAUACUGGGGCCUUGAUUAUCCACCACUUACUGCUUAUCACAGUCUCUUGUGUGCUUAUGUGGCAAAGUUAAUAAAUCCAAGCUGGAUUUCCCUGCACACUUCCCAUGGGCAUGAGAGUCUACCACACAAGUUAUUCAUGCGAGCAACAGUUCUUGUUGCUGAUAUGCUAGUUUACAUACCUGCAGUAAUCUUGUACUGUUGCCAUUUAAGGGAAACCUCAACCAAGAAGAAGAUCGCUACUGCUCUGUGCAUAUUGCUGUAUCCAGGCCUUAUUCUCAUUGAUUAUGGACAUUUUCAAUAUAAUUCUGUGAGCCUCGGCUUUGCUUUGUGGGGAGUGCUUUGCCUGUCCUAUGACUUGGAUCUUUUGGGCUCAAUAGCAUUUUGUUUAGCUAUAAACUAUAAACAAAUGGAGCUCUAUCAUUCUUUGCCCUUCUUCUGCUAUCUUCUGGGAAAGUGUUUCAAGAAGGGCCUUAUGGGAAAGGGAUUGCUGUUGUUAAUGAAACUCGGUUCUGUCGUAGUUAUUUCUUUUGCUCUCUGCUGGCUUCCGUUUUGUACAGAAGUGGAGCAAAUCUUACAAGUACUUAGAAGGCUCUUUCCAGUCGAUCGAGGUUUGUUUGAGGAUAAAGUAGCCAAUAUUUGGUGCACCUUAAGUGUCCUUAUCAAAAUUAAGACGGUUCUGUCAUCCCAGACACAGCUUAAACUGAGCUUUGCUUUAACAUUUCUGAGCCUACUUCCCUGUUGUAUUAAACUAACCCUGCAGCCUUCUCUAAAAGGAUUUAAAUAUGCUUUGGCUACCUGUGCACUGUCCUUCUUUCUCUUCUCAUUCCAAGUGCAUGAAAAAUCUAUUCUUCUAGUUGCAAUACCAGUCUGCUUAGUUAUAAACGAAAUUCCUUUUAUGUCUGUAUGGUUUCUGCUUGUUUCAACAUUCAGCAUGCUCCCUCUUCUCCUGAAGGAUGGCCUACUGCUUUCUUACACUGUGACAACACUGGCCUUUCUUACCGCAUGUACAACUUCUUUUUCAAUCUUUGAAAAAACUUCUGAAGAUGAUCUGCAGCUGAAAACAUUUUCUGCUUCUGUCAGGAAAUACAUUCCUUGGCUUAGAACAUUUCCAAAUGUUAUGAAGAGUUCAUUCCUUGUCUCAAUAACUCUGAUGGGCACCCUGACUUUAAUGAGCGCUACAGUGGAUCCUCCACAAAAGCUCCCAGAUUUAUUUCCAGUAGCUGUCUCAGCUGUAUCCUGCUUGCACUUUCUGUUCUUCUUGCUGUAUUUUAAUGUCAUUGCAAUAUGGGAAUUGGGAGAUAGCCAAAACCAGAAAAAAUCCAAUUAGUUCCAAAUGCCAACCCACAAACAUUACAAUUGUUAAGAAACACACACCCUUUUUAUUUUUUCUAUUGAUAUAAAUUGUAUAUAAUUUGAGGUAUUUCAAGUUUUACAUUUUUCUUGGAGAUGACCAGACAAAUGUUUAUGUGUCAAUUUGUCUUGUUUCUGACUGUCAGGAGAUGCUACCGAAGUGUGUUUGAAAUGGACUUUCCCUCUAUGUAUGCAAUUAAAGAGCCAUAAUUUUAGAUGCCUUGUGCAAAAUGAAAAGGCUACUUCUACCCUGAAAAUCAUCAAGAAUGACUCAGCAACUUGUACCAGUUUGUUUAAAUAAAAUCUCCCAAAUUAAUUUAAUAGUAUCAGUGUAUCAAUUUAAUGUACUCCCAAAAAUGAAAUGUGACACAGACAC